UAAAAAAACACUCGUAUUGACUUCUUCUCUCGACCAAUGACCAACAAUAUCAUCCACACAAAUAUUUUAAUUAAACACAAAGUUCUAGAUAAAUGUAAUCUUUAAGUUCAUACGUACCCUUCUCAAAUUGAAGUCCAACCCUUUUACAUAUAAAUAAAUGAAGUUCAACUCUUCAUUUUGUCUCUCAUACUUGACGAUCUUCUUGAGCUGUUGAUCAACAGUUCUCCAAAAUUGGCUCCAAAUGGACGAGAGAGAGCCGGUAAGAAUUGAGGUGCCGGAGAUCAGAAGAAUAAGAAGCCUUAGUUCAUCAUUCCGUCGACAAGCAUCGAGUUUCCGAAGCAACUCGACUGCAUCGCUAGAGGAGGAGCAUGAGAGGGAUACUAUAGAUGCAUCGCUUUGGGCAACAGUCGAGAGAUUACCGACGUUCGAACGGUUGAGAUCGUCGUUGUUUGAAGACAAAAGAGAAGUAGAAGUUGAUGAGAAUGGUGGAAGAAGAGUUGUUGAUGUUACUAAGCUUGGAGAUGUGGAACGCCAUCUUUUUAUACAACGACUCAUCAAACACAUUGAAAAUGAUAAUCUCAAGCUGUUGACAAAAAUUAAAGAGAGAAUCCACAAGGUUGGAGUGAAAUUUCCAACGGUGGAAGUGAAAUACAAAAAUGUGCACAUUGAGGCAGAAUAUGAGAUCGUUCGUGGAAAAGCCCUUCCAACACUUUGGAAUUCAUUUCAAUCCAACCUUUUUGACAUCAUGAAAUUAUGUGGUUCGAAGUCCCACGAAGCUAAAACUAACAUAGUGGAAGAUGUGAGUGGUGUCAUAAAGCCAGGAAGGUAA